UUACAUUUUUCUUUCUUUUAGAUCUAUUACAACUGAAGAUUUAGUCAAGUUUUAAGGUUGUCAAGAUUGGUUGUUUGUAAAAAAUGCAUAACAGAAUUUUAGUAAGAUAAAUUGAUCAAGUAGAAACGUGAUAAUGGAAUCUGCGACCUUGUGAAAUGAAUGCAAGUUUUAGGGGUAAAAAAAUGUAUGACCAACUAAUUAAGAAAUCAUCUUAGAUGAAAUCUUAAUGAAGAUUUAGUCAAAUUUAAGGUUGUUUGUAUAAAUGCCCAACAGGGUAUUGGUAGUAAUACUAGUAUACAGAUAUCAGGUAAGAAUGUACAUUUGAAUCCUAAGUUUAAGAACAAUGCUAAUAAAUGCCGAAUUCUGAUUCUCAGCAUUUGGAUGCACCAUGGGUUUUUAGCCUAUUUUCUUUGGUUUUGCACAAGUCAGGUUUCGCAAUCUCUCAUAUUUGUUCUGGACAGUUAUUAGAUAUGACUUUUAGAUUGGGUAAAGUAGACUGAAACCGCUAGCCAAAGCCUGACUCAAUGGUUUUGGUGUCUCUAUAGUUAGAAUAAGAAUAUGUUAGAACCUUUGCUUAAUCUUGUUAAACGAUAUUCUUAUAUGGUUCAAAGACAUUCUCAUCUACGUCAUUGAGAGUGUUCAUGAGGCAGAAAUUUACAUCAAAUUUAAGUUGUAAAGAUUACAAGCUGUUAACGUUAACUGUUUGUGUAAAUGUCUAAGAGAAAAUCAUUAUUGCAUCUCUCACAGGGCUAUAGAUAACCAGUGGUAUGUGGUUGGUGCAGAUGUGAUGGGUGUUCUAGCAUCUCUAUCAAAUCUGCACUAAAUGAAGCGAGCCAACAGUCACCGGUGCAUGACGCCUGAUUCUCCAGUAACGCAAGUUUGAGUAAAUUGGCAUGAUACUAGCCGCAGAUGUUAUGAAAAUGAAGGGAAAGGGGAAGGGUGCACUUGGCAGGAAAGCCAUUAAUUUGAAUUCAGAAAGGUUAUUCCUCGAAAGCAGCUUCAGCCUGAUAAAUACACUCAAGCUCUUCGUAAAGCUCUCAUGUUCUUCAAUGCUCAACGCUCUGGACCUCUUCCUAAGCAUAAUAAUGUUUCUUGGAGAGGAAAUUCUGGUAUGAAAGAUGGGGUUAUUGGCCACAAUCUAGUUGGUGGUUUCUAUGAUGGUGGAGAUGCUAUCAAAUUCAACUUCCCACAAUCUUUUGCAAUGACCAUGUUGAGUUGGAGUGUAAUUGAAUACAGCGGCAAAUACAAAGCUUCUGGUGAGCUUAACCAUGUAAAGGAGAUUAUCAAGUGGGGUACUGAUUAUCUCCUUAAGACUUUUGAUAAUUCUGCUGAUACCAUUGACAGGAUUUAUGCACAGGUUGGAACAGGAGACACUUCAGGAUGGAGUAGAAGGAUUGGUACUCCUAAUGAGCAUUGGUGCUGGAUGAGGCCUGAGGACAUGGACUAUCCAAGGGAUGUGCACGAGUGCCAUCGAUGCACGGAUCUUGCAGCUGAAAUGGCUGCUGCCUUAGCUUCUGCAUCGAUCGUAUUCAAAGACAACAAGAAAUACUCUAAAAAGCUAGUUCAUGGUGCUGAGACUCUUUAUAAAUUCGCUCGGGAUAAAAGAGGUAGAUACACUGCUGAUAUUGCAGAUGCUUCGAUUUUCUAUAAUUCCACUAGUUACUGGGACGAGUUCAUCUGGGGUGCAACGUGGUUAUAUUAUGCUACUGGUAACACUUCUUACCUUGAACGCGCUACAUCACGAGUUCUAGCAAAACAUGCUGGUGCUUUCUCUGCUGGCGUUAAUUAUGGUAUUCCUAGUUGGGAAAACAAACUUACUGGUUCUCAAGUUCUUCUGAGCAGAUUAAGAAUCUUCUUGAGUCCUGGGUACCCGUAUGAAGAUAUGUUGAGCACUUUCCACAAUCAGACUGAAAAUGUCAUGUGUUCUUACCUACCUGUUUUCAGGAACUUCAAACGAACUAAAGGAGGUUUGAUAAAAUUAAACUAUGGAGCUCCACAGCCACUUCAAUAUGUUGUCCAAGCUGCAUUUUUAGCAAACUUAUAUGCCGAUUAUCUUGAUGCUGCCGGUAUACCAGGAUGGUAUUGUGGACCUAAUUUCUUUACAACUCAACUAAUGCAUGAUUUCGCCAAAACCCAGAUUGAUUAUAUCCUUGGAAAGAAUCCUCUGAAGAUGAGUUAUGUUGUUGGAUUUGGACAGCGUUAUCCAAAACAUGUUCACCACAGGGCCGCAUCAAUUCCUAAGAAUAAAAUUAAAUAUACUUGUGAAGGAGGAUGGAAAUGGAGGGAUACUAAUAAACCAGAUCCUAAUACAAUCAUUGGAGCCAUGGUUGGUGGACCUGACAAGCAUGAUGGGUUUCGCGACGUGCGUGCAAACUACAAUUACACGGAGCCAACACUUGCAGGUAAUGCAGGUUUGGUUGCUGCACUGGUCGGUUUAUCAAGUAAAGGGAAAGCUGCGAAUUCCAUUGACAUGAGCACAAUGUUCUCAAAAGUACCACCAAUGUUCCCUCCAAUGGCACCUGGCCCAGCUCCGUGGAAACCAUAAUCUUGAAUGGAAAAGGUUUACAUUUCUUUAAGAUCACUAUGUUUCAGUUGUUCCUCUUCUAGAUCUAAUUUGGUGUCAUUGUCAAUUUUAUGUACUUCUGGAACUAGUUGCCAUAAAACACUAAUAAAAAUGUUAUACUACAGA